AUGCAAUUAGGACAUAAUGAAAUAAUGAUUGUCUCGAAGUAUUUUGAAGAUAUUAAUGAUUUUAUUAAUUUAGAAAUGGGAGUUAAAAGAUUUAGAGGGAAUAUGGAACGAUUUCAUUUUAAUCCAAUUCCAUUGAAUCAAUAUUCCAGAAAAUUGUUUCCUAAUAUUGAAACAUUUCAUAUUUAUAAUGAAAAAGAUGAAAUAUUUGAAGAUGGAAGAAUAUUUAAACAAAUAAUAUGGUAUAAAGUGAGUUAUUCAAGAUAUUUAGAAGAGAAAAAAGAAAUGAAUGAAUAUAAAAAUAUCGAAUAUACAGAAGAAGAUAGAGAAGAAUAUGGAAAUACAAUACCAAUAGAAGUUACAUCACUCGGAAAUUAUUGUUUUUAUGGAUGUAAUGAUAUUCAAUCAAUUGAAAUACCAACAAAUGUUAGUAAAAUAGGAGAUGGAUGUUUUAUAGGGUGUACAUCACUAACAACAAUUAAUAUUCCAACAAGUAUUAGUGAAAUAGGAGAUAGUUGUUUUUAUAAAUGUACAUCAUUAACAUCAAUUGAAAUACUAACAAAUAUUAAUAAAAUAGGAUAUGGAUGUUUUGAAGAAUGUGAAUCAUUAACAUCACUUACUAUAGAAGAUGUAAAAUAUAUAAGUGAAGAAAGAAUAUUUAUGAAUGAACCAGUUUUAAUUAAAUAUGAAAAGAAAGAUAUUAAUAAAUUUAUUAUUCCAUCAUCAAUCACUAAAUUAGGUGAUUAUUGUUUUAAAGGAAGUACUUCAUUAAAAUCAAUUAAUAUCCCAACAAGUAUUACUUACAUAGGAAAUAGAUGCUUUUCUGAAUGUUCAACAUUAACAUCAAUUAAUAUUCCAACAAAUAUUAAUAAAAUAGGAUAUGGAUGUUUUUAUGAUUGUACAUCGUUAACAUCAAUUAAUAUUCCAUCAACAAUUACAUCAUUUGGAAAUAAAUGUUUUUAUGGAUGUGGAUGUGAAGAAGAAUUAAAGAAGAAUAAAACAAUACCAAAAAAUUGCUUUUAUAUAUAA